UAUAUAUUGUAUUUCUACGUGUUAUUUUGUUAGCUUGGAAGUAUAUCUUCGUUUUGAGUGUUGCACUUUAUAUUUUUUUGUUACUACUGAGUUUGUGAACGGCCAUAAUUGCAUAUAUACCGAUGUCUUUAUCAAAACAUUUUUGUAACAUUCAUUAUGACAUGACGACACACUUAUCCGAACAUUUCGACAGACGAUGAGGACUUCGAGCCUGGCGAGCUGACGGAAGAGAAGGGAGAUGCUUGGGAAGGAGAGGAUGAGGAAGAAAUCAAAGAAAAUUGGGAUGAUGAAGAAGAGGAACAAGACAAGCUUGACGAAACAGGUUGAUACCACAUAUUUCCUUCCCGUUUUGAGGAGUAACUUGGAAAACUACAACCAGGAUCCUGACCAAGCAGAUGCAAAACCAUCGACAACAGUUGUAAAGAAGAAGUCAACUGUGAAACAAAAGAUCUUAGAAAAGGAAAAGAAGAAGAAAGAAGAGCUGGCAAGAAAGGCAGAAUUGAAAGAGAAAGGACUAGAAGAUGAUGAUGAAGAUGAUGAUGAUGAGGAUUCAAUAUUUUCUUCAAAAUUGGAUGAAAAACUAAGAAACCAGAAAUUAGUAGAAAAAUCAGAUCUGGAGAUUGCAAAGGAUUUACUUGGUGACUGUACUGACGAACUUGAUAAUCCCGAUAAAACCAAUAAAGGAAAUGUAGAUAUCUUCAAUCCAACGAACGAAGAAGAAUUUAUUGAAUUAGCUAAAAUGUUGACAGAAAAGUUAUCUAAAUUGGAGUCAUUUGUAGAAUACACUGGAUUUUUAGAAGUUUUAUUUCGAGAUUUAGCUAGUGGAUUGAAGGCAGAAGAUGUUAAAAAGUUGGCCACUGUCGUUAAUGCCAUAGCAACUGAAAAGCAAAAGGCUCAAAAGGCUGCAAGUAAAAAGAAAAAAGGAAAGAAAGCAGCUUUAGGUGGUAGUAAUAAAGGUGCCAAGGGUGCUGAUCUAGAGGACUACUCUACCUAUGGUGAUGAUUAUGACUUCAUCUAGGAUAAAUAUAGUUACUAUAAUGUAAGUCAUAUGAAUAUAGGAAUGUGCCCAUAUACCAAAGUCUGAGUUCUGUAUCAUUGAGGAUACAGUCCGCAUUUGAGCUACACUAUGUUUACAUACAUGUCCAUGUCAAUCAACAAAACAUGUUUAUUACCUAGGAGCACUUGAUAGUGCAUGUGACAUUCAUGUGAUAUACAUGUGACAACGAAGCUAUCUAUGAGAGGAUGACUCAACUUCAUCCCAUUGAUAAUUUCCUACCCUCAUUAUUAAAGAGUUAUGUUGAUAUAACUGCAGAAAUCAAUUGCUGCUUUCCUUUGAAUCUUGCCAUUUUAUUGUUUUGUAGGAAACAUAUUUGUUUGCUUUAAAAAUAGUGAAAUUCUCACUCAAAGUUCAUUUAUAUUUAUCUUUAAGGAAGGACAAAAAUGUAGUUACAAUAAACUAAAGGUUUGGAAA